CUGGUGGGUAGAGGUGCAUCUGGCUGGGUCUGUCUUGGCAUCCAGCCAGGCCUGAGUCAUGCUGCUCCCUCCCUUCCUCCUCCCAGCUCUUCUGCACUCACCUCCGCACUGCGCCCUGAGGGAGGUCCGCCCUCCUGCCUACUGCUAUUUGGUUGCAGUUUGUGGCCCUUGGACAGGCAUAAAUAGAAGGAUAGAGGGUCUCGGCAGCCCUUACUGCCCUCCAUUCAGCCUCCCUCCCCCACGGAGUACUUAGGUUAAUUAUAGCUUUGACCUAAGUGUUCUGUGACGCCACGCCCUGGCAGGGCCCUGCCGGGACAUCCAGCCACCAGGCCCAUGUCUCAGCUAUGUUCCCUGAGGACAUGCUCCUAUCCCACCUGGGCCCCUCAGUGCUACUGCUGCUGCCACUACUGCUGCCCUCCACAUCUGCCUUCUUCCCCAACAUCUGGAGCCUCCUGGCUGCUCCUGGCUCCAUCACCCACCAGGAUCUGACUGAGGAGGCAGCACUCAACGUCACCCUGCAGCUAUUCCUGGAACAGCCGCCACCAGGUCGGCCUCCCCUUCAUCUAGAGAACUUCCUGGGCCGCACCCUCCUUGCUGAUGACCUCUUUACCGCUUACUUUGGACCUGGGGCUCCUUCACGGAGGUUCCGAGCAGCCUUAGGUGAGGUGUCUCGUGCCAAUGCUGCCCAGGACUUCCUGCCAACUUCCAGGAAUGACCCUGACCUGCACUUUGAUGCUGAGCGGCUAAAACAGGGUCGCACCCGUAUGGUAGGGGCUCUACGGGAGACCUUGGCAGCAGCCAGAGCCCUUGACCACACCCUAGCUCGCCAGCGCCUUGGGGCUGCACUGCAUGCCUUGCAGGAUUUUUACAGUCACAGUAACUGGGUAGAGCUAGGGAAGCAGCAGCCACACCCUCAUCUCUUCUGGCCAAGGCAGGAGCUCCAGAGCCUGGCACAAGUGAGUGAUCCUACCUGCUUCGAUUGUGAGGAGUUGAGCUGUCCCAGGAAUUUGAUGGGCUCCACACUCCUCACCUCUGGCUACUUUGGAGCUCUUCCCUCCAAACCUGCAGGGAAAUGUAGCCAUGGGGGCCAUUUUGACCAGAGCAGCUCCCAGCCACCACGGGGAGGCAUCAACAAGGACAGCACAGCCCCUGGCUUCUCUCCCCAUCACAUGCUACACCUUCAGGCUGCAAACCUGGCCCUUCUGGCCUCCAUCCAGGCCUUUAACCUCCUUCGAAGUCGCCUGGGAGAUAAAGGCUUCUCCAGGUUGCUUGACAUAACCCUGACUUCUGGCCUGAGCUUUGUUCUGGACACCACGGGCAGUAUGGGUGAGGAGAUCAAUGCUGCCAAAAUCCAGGCUCGCCACAUCAUGGAGCAGCGGCGGGGUAGCCCCAUGGAGCCCACUCACUACAUCCUGGUGCCUUUCCAUGACCCAGGGUUUGGCCCCGUCUUUACAACCAGUGACCCUGAUGUCUUCUGGAAACAACUCAAUGAGAUCCAUGCCUUGGGGGGUGGAGAUGAGCCUGAGAUGUGCCUGUCAGCCCUAGAGCUGGCUCUGCUGCACACACCUCCACUCUCAGACAUCUUUGUCUUCACCGAUGCCUCUCCCAAGGAUGUCUUUCUCACCAACAGAGUGGAAUCCCUGACUCAGGAGCGGCACUGCAGAGUAACAUUCCUGGUGACUGAAGAUCCCUCAAGGGUUCAUGGCCGAACUCGGCGUGAGAUCUUGUCGCCUCUGCGUUUUGAACCAUACAAAGCAGUGGCCCUGGCCUCAGGAGGAGAGGUGAUCUUCACCGAAGACCAGUACAUUCAAGAUGUGGCAGCCAUUGUUGGCGACAGCCUGGCUGACCUGGUGACUGUUCCCCUGCAACCUCCCAUAGUAGAGCCUGGAAGACCACUUGUGUUCAGUGUGGAUGGGCUGCUCCAGAAGGUCAGGGUCCGGAUCCAUGGGGAGGUCAGCAGCUUCUGCAUCAGAAACCCUGCAGGAGUCUCCCAGGGCCAUGAGGAAGGGCAGGGACUUCUAGGUCACACUCGCCGCUUUGGACAAUUCUGGAUUGUGACCAUGAAUGACCCCCCUCAGACAGGGAUCUGGGAGAUUCAGGUCACAGCGGAGGGCACCCCCCAGGUGAGAGUACAAGCCCAAACCUCCCUGGACUUCCUCUUCCACUUUGGAAUCCCCAUGGAGGAUGGCCCCCAUCCUGGCCUCUACCCCCUGACUCAGCCUGUUGCAGGCCUCCACACCCAGCUGCUGGUAGAAGUGAUAGGGCUGAGCUCUAGAAGCAGCUCUGGAGGGCCUCUGCCACAGUUCUCCCACCUUGUCCUUCGACGGGUCCCGGAAGGUACUGAGCUGGGCCGUCUGCCUUUGGAGUCCACAGGACCCCGUGAGCGAGGCUUCCUUUCUGCCUCACUACCCCCCACACUUCUGUCCACCCUGGGACGCUUCUCUCUGGAGUUGACUGGCCAGGAUGGAGUGGGGCAGCGCCUAUACCGGGCUGCCCCCCAGUCUUGCACUGUAGCCCCAGUCCUUCUGGAGGUGAGAUGCCAGGGAAUUAUGGGGUGGCUGGAGAGAGAAAGAAUAGCUGCUCUCCUGACUCGCUUGUCUCUACAGCUCAGUGGCCCCUCAGGUUCCCUAGCCCCAGGCAACAAGGCUGCACUCACCCUCCAUAUCGCCAGCUUCUCAGGUCCUCAGGAUAUGGAGCUCAGCACCUCCGUCAACCCUAGCUUCACUCUUACUUCCAAUCUCUCCAGGGUUCACCUGGAACAGAAUGAGUCCACCUGGGGGCGCCUGUGGCUGGAGAUCCCAGACUCUGCCGCCCCAGACUCUGUGGUGAUGGUGACUGUGACUGCAACAGGUGGAGAAACAAAUCCAGUGUCUCUGACCCACGCCUUCCUCCGGCUUCUGGUGUUGGGCCCAGAGCCACAGGACCAGCUGGCUGCCCCUCCUCACUCACCACAUUCUUUCCUCAGCACCACCAGCCCUGCCUCUCACCCCUCCACUUUGGUGGCUCUGGACAGGGCUGGGAGAGGGCUGGCAGACAACUUCUGGUGGGGCACAGUUGGAGGGGUGCUGCUCCUGUUAGUCUUGGCCUUCUGAUGACACAGUAGUACCCAGAGAGCUAUCUCCUGUGCUAUUUUCAAUUUUGUGUCAUUGCUGAGAAGGUAACAUGAGUGGCCCUCACCUGCAAGGCAGGCAGUGCAGCCCCAAAGACCUACCCUUCCAGCUGGGGUGGGGUGGAG